AUGUUGGCCGGAGAUGGUCGAGAUACAGGUCAGGGGGCGGGCGUCCCCUGCACCAGCCAAUCGCGUAGCAGGGGAAGAAAGUGGCGGAUCCGGCCGUGCGCGCGUCAGGUGGUGGGCCGGCCGCGGCGGAUGGGCGCGAGGCAGGUGGUUGGGGCGGCGGCGGCCGUGCGAACGGCAGAGGCGGCGGAUGGGCGUGCGGAUGGGGCGCGCGGAAGGUGGUUGGGGGCGGCGGCCGUGCGCACGGCAAGGGGUGGCGGCGGAUGGGGCGCGCGGAAGGUGGUUGGGGGCGGCGGCGGCCGUGCGCGCGGCAAGGGGUGGCGGCGGAUGGGCGCGCGGCGAGGGGGUGGGGCGGCGCCGACCUUGCGUUCGACAGGUGGUGGGGGCGGCGUCGGGCGAUGCGGGAAGCCGGGGAAGAGCAGAGGCGUCGGCCAGCCGAGGCGCGCGGCAGGUGGUGGGGUGGCGGAGUGGGAGGCGGCAGCGGUGUGGGCGGCGGCGAGGUGGUGGCGCGGCGCGGGUGGGGAGGUGGGAGGCGGCGCGCGGGUGGGAGGUGGGAGGCGGUGGUCGUGGUGGGGCGGGGAGUACGACAGAAGUUCGUUUAUUGCAGGGUUGUUCGAGCGGGUCGCGGGCACCGAAUGA